AUGUCAGAACAUUUAGAAGUGGCACAAAUAGCAAUAGUUAUUUUUUUCAUCUUUAUUGCUCUGACAAUAGGAGGCAUAGUAAGUGAAAUAACUAAAAAAAUUAUGAUUCCAUACCCUGCUGCAGUUUUUCUGGUAGGUAUAUUAAUAGGAUGUUAAUUUAAUAAUAUUCAUAAUCAUUUACUGCAUAGAACAGUCUAAGCUGCAUUUAACAUAGAUGCUAAUUCGAAUAUGACAUUGUUUUUGCCUGCAUUAGUGUUUAGUAGUGCUUUUAAUGCAGAUAUAUAUAUAAUGAAGCAAUAGAUUAUGCAAAUAUUUGUACUUUCAUUUCCCAGCCUUCUUAUUUCAGCAUCUUUAAUUUGUUUAGGAUUGAAAUUGCUCUUCAAUUAUAGUGAUGAAUUUUAUAGUUGGGGAUUUGCUUUUGUAUUUGGAGUAGUAGUAACAUGUACUGAUACAUUUCAAGUCGUAAAACUACUAAGUAACGCUGAAGCUCCAAAAAGGUUUAUAUCUUUAGUAUAGGGAGAGAGUUUAAUUAAUAAUUGUGCAUCAAUAGUAUUAAUGCUUAUUGCAGUUAAUUGUGCAAGAGGAGAUUGUGAUCUUUUGACAGUAGAAUUAUCCUAUGGAAUAUCAUUGUUAUUGGGUGGAGCAUUUGUAGGUGUGAUGUUUGGAUUCUUCACAGUUUGGUGGAUAAGAAGAGUCAAUCACAAUUCAAUAUUAACAAUCAAUCUUACAAUUGUUUCAGCAUAUGUAACAUAUUUCGUAGCUGAAUCUGUAGAUUUAGGAUUUACUAAGAAUGGAUUAGUAGCAGUGAUUUCUUUAGGCCUAUUCAUGUCUGCCUUUUCAAAAAUUCGAAUUAGAACUGAAGUAGAACAUCCAUUACAAAUAUUUUGGUAAUAUAUUCAAUUUGCAAAUGAAACCAUAAUUUUUAUAAUUACAGGUGUCACAUGUGGAUAUAAAAUAUUUGAUCAGCAAAGUCCUUAUAUACGAAAACAAGAUUAUAUUAAUACUGUAUUCCUUUAUUUAUAUAUACUAUUAUCAAAAUUCAUAAGUGUAUUGUUACUCUUACCUACUAUUAAUUUAUAUGGAUAAUAAGUUAAAAUGAGUGAGGCUAUAUUAUUUUCAUAUAGUGGUACAAGAGGCGCUGUAUAAUUGAUGCUUGCUUUGCUAGUAGUUAAAGAACCAUCAUUUAGUGAUUAAUGGAGUGACAUAUUUUUAUUUCAUACUACUUUUAUUGUAAUUUUAACAAUGCUAAUCAAUGGAUCAACAAUACCUUUAUACAUUAAGUUUAGUGGAUUAUGUGCAACUGCUUAAUAUAGGGCGAAAGUGAGAUUGAACUUUUUACAAGAAAUGAAAGAGUAAAUUGAAUUUAAAUUAAAUUAAAUGAAAGAAGAUUAUAAAUAGAAAACAAUAGAUUGGAAUAAAGUUGAAUUCUUUUCAGGAUUGGCUGAAGCUAAUCAAUAGAUAUAAUAAAAAGAUGAUAAACUUAGUAAAAAAUAAUUAGAUGAAGAUUUUAAACAUAAAAAGGAAAAAGAAUCUAGUAUAGUUGGACGAUUUCAAAAAUUACUUAAAAGUAAAGGAUUAUAAGAUGAUUAUAAUGAUGAUGAUGUUGAUGCUGAUAAUAUUAUAGAAACAAGAGAUAGAUUUUUAAUGGCCUUAAAAUAAACAUAUUGGGAUUUGUAUUCAUAAAAUUAAUGUGGAGGGAAAGCAUAUAAUUUACUAAUUGAAUCUGUUAGAUGGGAUUUAGAUACUGUUGAAGGUAGAAUGUGUUCUUGGGAUUUCAUUUAUAAUGUUUUUUAUUCACCAAUUUAUAUGAGAUUCUUAUAUAAUUUGAAUAAAUUUCCUAUAAUUCGUAGAUUUUCAGGAGAUUUACUAUUUGAUUGGGUAGCUAUAGGAUAUGAAGUUAUUUCUACAUAUGUAAGAGCACAUGAAGGUAAUCUUAUAUCAUUCAUUUAGAAAUGGAAAAUAUGAUAGAAGAAUUCCCUAUUAAUACUACAUUAAAAAAGAAACUAUCCAAAGAAUCUAAAGAAAAUAGAACCAAUGCUGAAAAUUUCAUAGAAGGAUAUUUUUAUGUUAGUUUUCCUGAAAUAAUCAAAUUGAUACAAACUAAAAAAUCAGCAUAAGGAUGUCUAGCAAGUUAAGGUAAAUAUUUAUUAAGAAAAUAUGAAUUAGGAGAAUUGGAUGUAAGUAUAUUAUAUUUAUUAUUAAAUAGUUUCAACAAUAUUAAAAAUUGAAAUUAUAAUUAAACUAUUUUGUCUGUAAUGUUGAAGAUAUCAGACCUAUUUGGCCAUAAAUAUCUAUACAUAGUAAACUAAAAGUACUCCCAUUAUUUAGUGAAUUUAAUGAAGACUUAUUAAGAUAAUUAGCAUUAUAAUCCAAAGAACUUUUAUUUGAUAAAGAUGAAUGUAUUUAUAAAGAAGGAGAUUUAACAAGAUAUUUCUAUAUUAUUACAAGAGGAAGAGUUAAUGAGACUAGUUCAGGAAGCUCUAAUUUUUCAGUCUCAAAAGAUAUUGGUUAGUUACUAUCAUGUCAUCAUAUAGUUUUAGAAUCAACUUUAUAUAUUUCAUAAGUAGUGGCAGCAUCAUUAGUUGAAGUGAUAUAAAUUGAGAUUGAGUUGAUGGUUUCUCUUUAUAAAUAAAGUCUUUAUAUGCAAGAUUUUGUUUGGAGGGAUAGUAUUUUUAGUUUAAGCAGAUUCUAUCCAAAAGAAUUCUAAAUAUUUUCUCUAGUUGAUAAGGAAAGCAUUGAAAAUAUUUUAACUUUUGCUGUUUUCAAAAAGUAUUCUGCCUAAGCAAAUGUAUCCUUUUAGGCAGGAAUUUUAUUGUAAGGAAGACUUAUAGAAGCCAAAUAAGAAUAGAAAGUUGAUAAAGAUUAAUCUGAUGAAGAUUGCAUUAAUGAAAGUUUAACGGGUCCUUUAUUAUUUCCAUUUAUUAACUAAACUUAUAGUUAUUAAUCAGAAAGUGUAUGUUCAUUCUUCUUAUUUGAUGAUACAAAGAAAGAUGAAAUUAUGAAACUUAUACAGACUGAAAGAUCAUCAGAAAGAAGACGAACUCGUCUUUAGACAGAUUUAAGAUUUAGUGUUUCUGGAGUGAAUAGGUAAUGUUUUUAUCUAAUUGUAUAGAUAAUCCUUUGGAUUCUCUUAUCUUUUAAGACCUUCUAAAGUUAAUUUGGACAUAAAUGAUUCUAAACAUUGA